AUCUACAGUUUAUACUGUAUGCACACAAGUAACCGCUAUCAUGCAUAAUGCAUGUGUGCUAUUCAAAGAGAAUUUCCUGCUUCAUCUACUGUUCGUGACACAAACUGAGUUGUUUAUGUGAUGGCUACUUAAAGAAGAAGGGCACAGAAUCAGUUAUAAAUUACACUCAAUGGCACAUAUUGAUCUGGAAUACUGGUUAGUUCAGUGCAGAGUACCUCCUCCCUAAUGGUUGAUGAGCGUGCUUUAGCCCUGAUGGCAUAUUUAUAUCCUUUCCUUUUCCCCCUUUUUUCAGUUUUCUUUCUUUUCUUUUCUGUCCUUCUCUUCUACACUCAUACUCCACAUCACAUACAGUACAUCAUACACACCAGAGGGAUGUGUGUGAGUGUAUGUGGGGGAACAGAACCAGCAGUAAGAGAUGAUACUGUGUGUGGUGUGGAUGAUGCCUCAGAUUUAGGAGAACGGGAUUGUGCAAACAGUCAAACUGUCCGAUCAGUGCAGCGGCAGAGAGUGGGACAGCGGGGGUUGUCUCGAGGAGGUGGGGUCUGUCCCAUGUGUCGACUGUCUGAUGGAGAGAAGAGGGGCACAGCACAGAGUAUGAAAGGACACAGAGUGCUGCGCAGAGAGAGAGACUGCAGACAUGCAGCGACAAGGAGAAGCAUGUAUGUUUAAAGAGGCUGCAGCAGAGUGGGCAAAUGAUGAGGUGUGUUAAGCAUGAGAUUCCCAGAGACCUGAGGUUAAAGAUCUGUCAAGCAUGUGAUUGGACAACACCCCUCAAAACCUACAGCAUGUGACUUUGCCGUGGAGUUUGUAGACCCUCGCCAUGCUCUCUCUGUGGAAUCUUUAUCUUCUUCUCCCCCUCUCCUUGCCUCUAUCACUUCACGUCAUAGCCUUCACUGGAGAAAAUGUCAAGGAAACACAACAGCCAGUCACUGACACAGCAGUGCAGCGUCUCAAACAGCCCCCACAGAGACCUCAUGGAUCUGAUUUAGCACCGGGGAAUCCCGUGUUUGGGACUGAGAAUGUUGACCUCAUGGGUCUACCUGUGAGUUGGCCCUUAUCAUCAUCUGAGGAAUUAGAUAGACAAGGUGUGAUUGGUGAAUACAUUGAUUUACAGGAGAGCACAGAGACAUCUCUUUUGAAUCCUAAUGAGAAGGGACUUAUCAUAUCCAGACCUGUAGAUACAGAAGAUGCCAUCUCCAAGGAGAGUGCACAAACAAUAAGGUCUUCAGGAGGAGUACCAACUCAACCUACCCAGGAACAAACAUUAAAGUAUCAACCAUCUGAGACAAGUACUGGAUCUAUAUUGCAUUCUACACAGACUGGAGAGAAUCAGCCAACUUUCUCAGCCUCUCAGAAUGAGACGACCGACAGCCAGUUACCUUUUCUUCUGUCUGGCUCAUUUCCAUCAGGCCAGGACUCCACUUCACAUCUGUCUGCUGGACCAGGGCCCAGCCCUGAGCGCACCACUCCACCAGUAGCCAGUUGGGGGUGGACCACGGCCCCCUCUGUUAUCACGCAGGGAGAGACACAAGAGGGGACUGUCCCAGUGAAAGAGACCGAAAAUGGAUUGUUUGAUAUUAUGGGUCGUAUUUUACACAGAGGAGCUGUCAGCAUAGAGGCAGAUAAAGAUGGCUCCAUGGAUGAUGACCUGCAUCUCUCAAAGACCAGUGGCACACUCUUGCUCAAUUGUAACACAGACACAUCUGCUAUACCCUGCAAAACAUCAAACCAGUCUUGGACUCCCACAUACCCAGAUGAUGUUACUCCCAACGAGUCCCCGGGCCCCUCUCUGGAUCUCAGCCCUGCCUUUUUCGUCCCUCUGUAUUCGGACUGGAACUCUGCCCUCGCCACAUGGGGAUUUGCGUGGGAAGCACACGUCUAUGGCCUGGGCUCUGUCUUUACUGUAUUUGGCCUAAUCUCUGUGGUCUGCCUGCUAGGCCUUCCCCUGCGCUGUCCCCCAGGAAGCCCCUACUUCACCCUGCUGCACUUGUUCCUCCUAGCAUUUUCAGGAAUCCAAGCUUUCUGUUUGCUCUAUGAUGCUUACAAUCACCAAGAUCGUCUUCCCCCUCUGGGCUCUCUGCUGCUCUCUGAGCUGCCCUUCCCCUGUUUGAUCUCAGCCUUCUCCCUGGCCUUCCUCCUUCUUUCCUUACGCUCACGCAUGCAUCUUUCACUUCCACUUGCUAAUUCCACCUCGUUCUCAGCCUUGCCCAAACCUUGCCUGUUGCUGUGUAUGUCCCUGUUGUAUUCUGGGGUUUCUCUAGGGUGUGUUGGCAUGCUCCAGCUCUUCCACAGCCUCCCCUCCAUGAUCCUGCUAUUCCCUCAGGGUGUGUUUGUAUGUCUCACCGUCUUUCUCUCAUGCUCCUACCUCAUCUUCUACUGCUUAAUGCAAUUCGACACAAAACACAUCUACAGGCUGAAUGACAAUGGAGAGAGUGGAGGAUCUCCUGUAGCGAUGCAACCUGCAAGUUGUCCCUUUGCCAAAGCUGAGGACUGGGGUAGGGCAGCAGGAGCUGGAGUGGGGGCUUCGUUGUGUUUGUUAGGGUGCGGAGGCCUCCAGUUGUAUGGGAUCCUGCAUGCCCUUGGUUUAGGUGGAGUUGAUGGCUAUGGGUUCCAGCCCUGGCCCUGGUGGGGCUACCAAGUAGGCUGCAGGCUCUGUGAGGUUGGGGUGUGUCUAGGUUUGUCUCUCAUUGGUUCACACCCUCUAUUCUGUCACAACUCCUCUAUCAAGACCAUAACUCAUCCCCGGCCAGGAUCUUGGUCCCGCCUCUCCUGUAGCUCCCCUUCACGAGGACUCACCCUGCCCUCUCAGAGAGGUGCAGAUUUUCCUGUCCUCUCCUCUCACGAUUCUUGGUCUCAGGGUAAACAGGAAAAGCUGGUGGUCUGUGAUGUCAUCACUAAGGGACAGUCCGAGGCUCUUCCUCUUUUCUCAAUGGUGGAUCCUCCUGGAAAUGGGCAAGACUGUGUCCCCAAGUCCAGCCAAACCCAGAGCACUUUACUACCUCUCCCUACACCCCCAAGCCCACCGCACAAGCCUAAGAGUGCAGUUGAGUCUCAGCUAUCGUCACUGGAUAGCCUAAGACUGGAGAUUGACUCUACUGUGGACCUGCAGCCCCCAUCUCCCAUAGACUUGUCCCGCAGCAUUGACCAGGCUCUGUUCAGUGAAUCCCUGUUCUCACACAGUAUAUUUGGUUUGCCAAGACUCUUCCAUGCUUCUUCCAGCCUCUCUUUGAGCCCUCCUAGCCAAGGUUUGUCAAAGCAAGGGCCUAGCUCCGUGGAAAAUGCCCUAUACCGAACCUCUUCCUGUGGUGAUGUGGAUCAAGAGAACGGACUGUCCAGUUUAAGACCUUCCCAGCCACAUGGCUCUUUGACAUCUCACAGCAAGCCACCAAUGUCACCAGAGCAAUGGGAUUGGAAAGAGAGCAUCUCUGGUUCAACCCAUGGUCUGUGCAGUAAUCCUAAGGAGAAAGUAAAACUGCGCUCACAUUCCUGGGCCAACAGAGGUCAAAACAUUGCUCAGAGCAGCCUCCCACGGGCAAUCCCCCACCUGUCUUACCACAGACGAUACCAAACCCUGAGCUUAGCCUCCCAGGACAGUCAUGGAUCAGGCCGGCUGGCAGGGACUAAACACCUGAGUGAAAGCAAACAGCUGGAAUGGGAUCUGGCUGUACAGGCAGAGUUUGUCAACGUGUGCAGACAAAUUGACACUCUGAGUGUUUGCAGUGACACCAUUGAAUUAUAGAAAGUUAUAAAAGUCCAGUUGUGAUUAAAAUAUGCA